UGUUCUGCACCGGGUCAGGGGCGGGGAAUGUUGUAUCACUGGUAGCUGGGGCCGGCAGCUGGGCUGCUCGCCGUGCUGUGGCGAUGGGGCGGCAGUCCAGGAGGCGGCAGGACGACCAGAACAGGCGUGACGGUUCUUGGAGCCGCCUGGCAGGUGCUGAUACGUGUCUUGUUUGCCACGAAGCAGCCCUGAUCGCCACCCGCCACCUGUGUCCCUUUGUUGAGGAGAAGCGCUUUGAGCAGGCCAUUGAGAGAGUCCUUGGAGUCUCUUGCCCUGGAAUUUGAUUUGUCGGCUGGAGAAGGAAAUGCAGGUCCUGCAGCCCAGUGAGACCACCGUGUCUGGACGUGUGGUGGUGGGUCAUUCCUGGAGCUCGCGGACCCCUUCUGAAGAUUGUGCAGUUUGGGGUGAGCGAGAAGCUGGGCCAGGUGUCCUUUGACUUCCCUCCGUACCUCGUCAGCUCCGCCCAUGCGCAGACCCUUGCCCUGACAGCGGUGCUGGGAGCAGGUGGACAAGGCGCCCAAAAAGAAAGGGAAGAAAGGGAAAGCCAAAGGUACCUCGACUGUGGACGAGCUCGCUCCGGAGGACAUGAGCAGAGAGCAGGUGGAGGAGCACGUCAGCCGCAUCCGGGAGGAGCUGGACCGGGAGCGGCAGGAGCGCAACUACUUCCAGUUGGAGCGGGACAAAAUCCACACCUUCUGGGAGAUCACGCGGAGGCAGCUGGAGGAGAAGAAGGCUGCGCUGCGGAACAAAGACCGGGAGAUGGAGGAGGCCGAGGAGAGGCACCAGGUUGAGAUCAAGGUCUACAAGCAGAAGGUGAAGCACCUGCUGUAUGAGCAUCAGAACAACCUGACAGAGAUGAAGGCCGAGGGCACGGUAGCCAUGAAGCUGGCGCAGAAGGAGCACCGUACUCAGGAGGGUGUGCUGCGCAAAGACAUGCGGGCACUCAAGGUUGAACUCAAGGAGCAGGAGCUGGCCAGUGAGGUGGUGGUGAAGAACCUGCGGCUGAAACACACAGAAGAGACCACCAAGAUGCGGAAUGACUUUGAGAGGCAAGUGCGAGAAAUUGAGGCCAAGUAUGAUAAGAAGAUGAAGAUGCUUAGGGAUGAGCUGGACCUACGGAGAAAGACUGAGAUCCAUGAGGUAGAGGAGAGGAAGAACGGCCAGAUCAACAUGCUGAUGCAGCGCCACGAGGAGGCCUUCGCAGACAUCAAGAACUACUACAACGACAUCACCCUCAACAAUCUGGCCCUCAUCAACUCCCUCAAGGAGCAGAUGGAGGACAUGCGCAAGAAGGAGGACCACCUUGAGAAGCAGAUGACAGAGGUGUCCAUGCAGAACAAGCGCCUGGCAGACCCUCUCCAGGAGGCUCGGGAUGAAAUGAGCGAGAUGCAGAAGAAGCUCCGGAACUAUGAGAGGGACAAGCAGAUUCUGGCUUGCACAAAAGCACGUUUGAAAGUGACAGAGAAAGAGCUGAAGGGCCUGAAGUGGGAGCAUGAGAUUCUGGAGCAGCGGUUCAUGAAGGUGGAGCAGGAGCGGGACGAGCUCUACGGGAAGUUCACCGCGGCCAUCCUGGAGGUGCAGCAGAAAGCAGGCUUCAGGAACCUGGUGCUGGAACGCAAGCUGCAGGCACUGAGCACUGCUGUGGAGAAGAAGGAGGUGCAGCUCAACGAGGCACUGGCCGCCUCCAACCUGGACCCCGCGGCUUUGACCCUCGUGUCCUGCAGGCUGGAGGACAUUCUGGAAUCAAAGAACACCACCAUCAAGGACUUGCAGUACGAGCUGGCCAGGGUCUGCAAGGCCCACAAUGACCUGCUGCGCACCUAUGAGGCGAAGCUUCUGGCCUUUGGGAUCCCUCUGGACAACGUGGGCUUCAAGCCCCUGGAGACAGCUGUGAUUGGGCAGACGCUAGGUCAGGGCCCCGCAGGACUCGUGGGCACCCCGACAUAGCUCCCACCCGAGACCAUUCCCUACAUGACACUUUUCAUGCACCAAGGGCAGCGUGUAUGUGUUUUCAGAUGUGUAUUGUUGGCAAAUGAAGGUUUCUUAUGUUUGC